ACUGAGGCAUUAAUUGAUGAUUUAACCCCGUUUAAAUAUAAUAGCUGCUGGUCAUCCAAAACGAACAAUUGAAUGUUUAUCAGGUAAAAUACAAAAAUAAAUACAUUAAAUAUUCUAUCGAAACUCUGGUAUGAUAUUAUAUGCAUCUUCAUUAUACUUUUCUUAAACUUAUUUGUUGACAAGAUUAUUUUUCUCUUUAAUUUAAUAUAAGGUGUUGGUUCGAAAUGUCAAGACCAAAAAGAUCAAAAUGAAGAUGGUUUAUUUAACCGAUUUAUAAUUGCCGUUGCAUACAAGUACCGUCCAAAUCGUGAAACAAUCGAGCCAAACAACAAAAUACCAAAACUUUCUCAUCUAUUUUAUUUAACCAAAAAGCUACAUCGUAAUACAGAAGAAUACGUUUACAAUGAUGAAGCAAAAAAAAUUAUAAAAGAUGUGAUUUAUACUUAUGAUAUGCUUUCAUCUGAUAAAUCUAAUGAAGAUGAUUUUCUAGCAAGUUGCUAUCAAAAAUCAAUCGAACGAGUUGAACGCUUAUCACUUCCUCUGCAUAUACUAAAAAUUUGUUCGCGUCGUUUAUUUAAUAUGGUGGAAGAUAUAGAGUCAUUUGGUAUUCUGGAUGAUCAAUUUAAAACAAUAUGUACGGAACAAGAAUUAAGUGAAGCUGAUCAUGUAAUUGAUUAUGAUACAUGUUUUCGAGCUUCUCUAUUAACCAAAUUUUAUCUCAAUCAAACCAAAAUGCUUGCCGGUUAUGAUCCACUUACAGAUAAUAUUUUAGUAAAUAAAAAACAUACUACAGAUGUGCCUGAAAAUGAAGUCAAACAUGUAAAAAAAUACAUUGAAAAUCAUCCGUCUGAUCGUAUUCUUCUAUCAUCACUUCCUGCAAAUUUAAAAAGAAAAAUAACUAAAGAUCAAUAUUUUGUCAUAUUUCGAGAAAUGGAACUAGAAGGCAAAGGAAAAAUUGAAGAAACAAAUAAUGUAACAGGUCCGAAAGGAGUUGUAUUUGUAAAAAAGAAAAAAACUGAUCACCAACCUAGUACAUCUUCAACAACGAAUCAGCAGCAAGCAAGUGUAGUUUCAACAACAAACGAACAAGCAACUAUAGCUUUAACAACAAAUCAACAACAAAUGAAUCAAACGUCAUCAAUAAAUAAUCAAGAAACAAAUGAACCUUGA